UCGAAGCCAGCAAGUUGUGAAUGGUGGAAAUCUUAAGCAUCAGUAAUUUCAUGCGCUCCCUUUUACAAUCAAGGGCGAGCGCUUUUCUCCCGAUCUCUGCUGCGUCUGCUUUCGCUUUCGGCUCCUGCAAGGAAGGCUGGUACUACCGCUGCCUCGGCGUCGACCCCUGAACCCCCUUCGUCUCAUAUAUCUCUAUAUUUCCUCUUUCUCAUCAAUUUUUUGAUUAUCGCACCCGGAUUUUCAUUAAUCGCCGUCCGUCGGUUUUUUGAUUAUUUGAUUGAAAUCAAUAACUUGUUGGGAAAGAGGGACUGGGAAA